AUGAGUGAUGCCAGGCUCUUUACCAAAUCGAAAAGCAUUGAGCUACGUGCAGAGAUCGAACAAGCGUUCAAAAAAUCUAAACCGAUAAACAGGAUAAAGAUUGUGCUUCGCAAAGUAUUGGCAAAUGUGAUCCUAAACAAUCACGAAAUGGCAACCUUGAUGAAAGAUGUGAUACCAUUGAUGAAGUUGGAUGAUUUGGAAAUUCGAAAGAUCUGCUGUGAAUACAUAGUAAACUACGCUCAUUUAUCACCCGAUACGCAACAAGCAGUCCCAUUCUUGCAGCGUUUCAAAGACGAGCAUUCGCCGAACCUACGCGCAUUGGCUGUAAAAACUAUGUCCUCGAUUAAUCUCCCAGAGUUUAUGGACCUCAGCUUCGCCUCAGUCAAGAGAGCACUAAAAGACAAGGAUCCAUACGUCAAACGGUCGGCAGUUUAUGCAAUUGCGAAAUUGUAUCAGCACGAUCCUGCACGUACCGAGGGACAAUCAUUGGUGGAUGAGUUGAAUGAAUUGCUCUAUGAAAAUGACCUGAUUAUCAUCUCGGAUGCAUUAGCCGCUUUGAGCUCCAUAACGGAAAGUAGCAAAACUUUGAAUUUGUCCAUCGACAAGGCCCACUCAUUGACUUUGAUAUCAUUAUUGCGGACAACUAACGAAUGGCAACAGAUUUAUCUAUUGAAUGCACUAAUGGCAUACGUUCCUCAAACCGAGACCGAGGCUUUGGAUUUAAUAGAAGCAGCCCUUCCGUCCUUACAGCAUGAGAAUUCUGCAGUAGUGCUCAAUGCUGUUAAAAUCAUAAUUUACUAUAGCAACUACACAAGAAACCCUGAACUUCACAUUCCAGUUCUUCCCAAACGUAUUGGAGCGUCUUUAAACUCGUUGCUUUCCAAGCCAUCAGAGACUCAAUUCCUAGUGUUGAGGAAUGUAAUCUUACUACUUCUCGGGAAAAAGCACUUGGUGCAAUUUGAUAUCGAAAUGUUUUACUGUCGUUUCGAUGAUCCAAUUUAUGUCAAGGAUACAAAACUUGAAAUUAUUUAUUUGUUGGCGAACGAGGAUAAUAUUGAGCUGGUUUUGGAUGAACUCGAAGAAUACGCCACGGAGGUGGAUGUCGCCAUGGCAAGAAAAGCAAUUAGAGCAUUUGGGAACUUGGCUGUUAAGCUAGAGAAUGCAGCUGAACGAUGCGUUGAAGUGUUAUGUGGUUUAAUAUCUACAGGUGUCACUUACAUUGUUCAAGAAGCAGCCAUUGUCGUGAAAAAUAUAGUAAGGAGAUACCCAAGAAGAUACGAUUAUGCUGUUGAUGAGCUUGUCAAGUACUGCCAAAUCUUUGAAGAACCGGAUGCCAAAGCAUCAAUGAUAUGGAUGGUUGGUCAAUUUUGCAAAACAAUACCCAACCCAAAGAAACAUUUGUUUUUAUUGAUGACUUCGUUUACCGAUGAUCCUAUUGAAGUUCAACUUGCCGUAUUAACUGCAGUCACAAAAUACUACCUCACGUUCCCCUUAGACGGCGAAAGCACACUCCUUGAGGUUUUGAAAUGGGCAACCGAACUCACAAACAAUCCAGAUGUAAGAGAUCGCGGGUACAUUUAUUGGCGUUUGCUUUCCUCCGAGUACGCCACUAGCUCCCAAAAUGGAUUUCAAGAGAUUACAAAAGACAUUGUUUUCAAUCAAGAUCCACGCAUAACGUCGGAGAAUGACAGUAUUGAUCCUGCAAUCUUGGAAGAGUUGGAGCUCAAUUUCGGUUCGUUAGCGUCGAUAUAUCUCAAACCAGUUCAAAGUGUUUUUAGAUUGGCCAAGCACAAACAUCUUCAAUGGUCACCAGCUCUUCAAACUGAGCAGCUGCUGUCAUCAAGUCGCGAGUUUGCAUCGCCGAAGCCGCUGUACAUUCAGUCGCGAACAUCAAGCACCUCUACAAAUUCAAGAAAAGAAUCACAUUCAGUGAAGCAUAAUAUUCGAAACUCGAGAGAUGAUAUUAGCACGCAAAGUUUCAGUCCCAAACCCCCUGUUAAAGAAAACUUUGGACAAAAACUAAGCAGAAAGAGUUCAUCCGUCACUGGCAAAAUUGCCAAUAAGAUUCUGAACUUUUGA